AUGGGCCAAUCCUUUUCAGAGAUGUUUCCUCCGAAGACCAAAUGGCUCCCGGACCAGAUACCGGACCAGACUGGAAAGGUCGCUAUUGUCACCGGCGGUAAUACCGGUCUCGGCUUCGCUACAUGUCGCCAUUUGCUCGAACACAAUACCCGUGUCUACCUCGCUGCACGCUCUCCCGCCAAAGCGGAGGAAGCCAUUCAGCACUUGAAAGACCUCACAAAGAAGGAAGACAUACAUUUCCUACAACUUGAUCUGGCCGAUCUGCCUAGUGUGAAGAAGGCGGCAGAUGAGUUCAAGGCGAAGGAAAAGAGGCUCGAUAUGUUGUUCAACUCCGGGGGGGUGAUGAUCCCCCCUAAAUCGAUGCUGACUGCACAAGGGUAUGACUUGCAAUUCGGCACCAACACAAUAGGCCACGGUGUGUUCACGUUUUUCCUCCUUCCGGUCCUGCUCGAGACCGCCAAGGAGACGGGCGACGUCCGUGUCGUAAACACCAGCUCUAACGGGCACGCUUUCGCACCCAAGGGGGGCAUUGCCUGGGAUCAGGUUAAGGAUGGACUGGCUAGGGAAAAGGCGUGGAACGAUUGGACAUCAUAUGGGAUGUCUAAGUUCGGCAAUGUCCUCUUUUCCAAAGAGCUCGCGAGGCGCUACGCCGACCAGGGGAUCGUCAGCACAUCCCUGAACCCAGGUGCGAUCCGUACGGAUCUGCAAAGGCAUCUGAAGAGCAAGCGUAUCCAGGCAUGGAUUAUCGACAAGUUGCUAUAUCCUCUGGAGCCUUAUGGGCCAUUGACCCAACUGUACGCAGGCACAGCACCAGAAGCGAAGUCCUUGAGCGGAAAGUACCUCAUCCCUUGGGCGAGAGUGGGUGUCGCAAGACCAGACACAGGCGACGUAGAGCAAGCGAAAGAACUUUGGGCGCUCAUUGAGGAAGAGGCUGGGAAGCUGUAG